CUUUCUAUUUACUUCAGCUGUUAUUCCCAGCAUUUGAAAUCAUGAAGAUUCUUCUGUCUCCUCGGAAAGUUUGGCGGACGAACGGCUCCAUUUCUUUGCUCCGUCGCAAAUUUCUAAAGAGUGAAGUCAAUCUCUGGGGAAGGCAUAUUUAAAGUUCCCGCAUCUGGUCGUUUGUGCAUAGUUCUCUCAGCGAUUUAUCACUUUUCAAUCAUGCCUUCUGCCACAACAAAUGGCGACAGCAAUAGGCAUUCCAACGGUCAUUCGAAUGUGAACAAUGGAUCAGCAAUGCAAGGUCUUGAUUUAACGGUGCUUGGAUUGAACAGUGGUACCUCCAUGGAUGGUAUCGACUGCGCUCUGUGCCGAUUUCGACAAGAAACGCCCACCUCGCCAAUGCAUUUUGAGCUUCUCAAAUAUGACGAAAUCCCCUUGGAACAAAUGAUCAAAAAGAGAGUCAUGAAAAUGAUCCUGCACAAUACCACUACGCCCGAAGAACUCAGUGAAGUCAAUGUCUUGCUCGGGGAAACUUUUGCAUCUGCUGUCAAGCAGUUCACGAAGGAGAAUAAUCUUCAGCUUUCGGAUAUCGACGCACUAGGAUCUCAUGGUCAAACAAUUUGGCUUCUUUCUAUGCCUGAAGAAGGCCAAGUCAAAUCUGCCCUGACAAUGGCGGAAGGUUCCAUACUCGCUGCACGGACUGGCAUCACUUCAGUGACCGAUUUUCGGAUAUCUGAUCAAGCAGCCGGUCGGCAGGGUGCUCCACUCAUAGCCUUCUUCGAUGCCCUCCUCCUCCAUCAUCCCACAAAGCUGCGUGCUUGUCAAAAUAUUGGUGGCAUCGCAAAUGUUUGCUUCAUUCCACCAGAUAGCGAGGGUGGCGUUGACGAAUGUUUCGACUUCGACACGGGGCCGGGUAAUGUCUUUAUCGAUGCCGUUGUUCGUCAUUAUACCAAUGGAGAGCAGGAGUAUGACAAAGACGGUGCGAUGGGCAAGAGAGGCCGUGUUGAUCAGGAGCUCGUCGAUGACUUCUUGACGCACAAGUAUUUCCAAUUGGAGCCUCCAAAGACUACUGGCCGUGAAGUCUUCCGAGAUACUCUAGCAUUUGAAUUUAUUGAGAAAGCGGAAAAGAAAGGACUGAGCCCUGAUGAUGUGGUAGCAAGUAUCACCAGAGUUACUGCACAAGCGAUUGUUGAGCAUUACAGGAGGUAUGCACCCUCUCAGAACAUCGACGAGAUCUUCAUGUGCGGUGGAGGAGCCUACAACCCAAACAUUACAGCAUUUAUCCAGAAGAGCUACCCAAAUACCAAAAUCAUGAUGCUUGGUGAGGCCGGGAUUCCUGGAGCAGCGAAAGAAGCAAUCACUUUUGCGUGGCAAGGAAUGGAAGCUAUUGUUGGGCGGUCAAUACCUGUUCCCACGAGGGUGGAGACGAGAGCUGAAUUCGUGCUGGGUAAAGUCUCUCCUGGGAAGAAUUACAGAGAGGUCAUGAGAAAAGGGAUGAUGUUUGGGGGAAGUGCUGAUCAUCUUGCUCCUGUAAAAGAGCUUGUUAAUUAUGUGGAUGGAAAGAUUUUCGAUAACAUAUGGUAAUUACGGAUAGAAUUCAGCGAG